AUGUCUACCGAUGAUCUUCUUCCUACAAAGUCGUCUUCAUCAUCACCCACACCCAUCAUAACCGAUUUAUACACAAUCCAUCAUUCCGAUAGUCCUUCUACUAUCCUUGUCACACUUUUGUUGACAGGAGAUAAUUACGGAUCAUGGAGUCGUGCAGUCACAAUGGCACUUCGUGCCAAAAAUAAGCUUGGUUUCGUUGAUGGGUCACUCCCAAUUCCGACAGAGAAACCUGACAUUUCUAAUUGGGAACGUUGUAACGAUUUGGUAGGAAGUUGGAUCCUUAAUUCUGUUUCACCUGAGAUCCGUCCAAGUAUCUUGUAUGCUGAAACUGCAGCACAAAUUUGGACCGGUCUCAAGGAUCGUUUUUCUCAGUCAAAUGCUCCAAAAAUCUAUCAAUUGAAACAAUCAAUUUCUUCCCUCAAACAAGAAAGCAUGUCUGUUUCAUUGUAUUUUACGCAACUCAAAUCUCUAUGGGAUGAACUCGGUUCCAUUAUCCAUAUCACUCCUUGCAUUUGUGGUAAUGCUAAAAGCAUUAUUGACCAACAAAAUCAAGAUCGAUCCAUGGAAUUUCUUCAAGGACUACAUGAUCGUUUUUCCGCUAUUCGCAGCCAAAUUCUCUUGAUGGAACCAUUUCCUUCCAUUCAACGUAUCUAUAAUUUGGUUCGUCAAGAAGAAAAGCAACAAGAGAUCAAUAUUCUCACAACUCCUACUGUUGAUGCCGCUGCACUUCAAGCAUCUAAACCUCCAUUUCGUCCGUAG